AUGGCAGGCCGCUUCACUAUGGGCCGCAAGCGAGCCUACAACUGGCUUAUUUCGUGCGUAGCCGCGUCCUGUAUGGUGUUAUAUGGCUAUGAUGCAUCAGUUUACAACUCCGUCCAGGGUUCCGACAACUGGAUGGCCUGGUUCAACGAACCUAAUGCCACGAUGAUCGGUUCCAUCAACACGGCUUACACUGUUGGUGCCAUUUUCGGAGGCUUCUUCCUCGGAGGGCCUAUGGCAGACUAUCUCGGCCGCAAGGUCGGAAUGGGAAUAGGUUGCGUUUUCGUCAUUAUUGCAACUUUUUUGCAGGCUUUCGCUCCACGACACAAAAUUGCCUAUUUUAUUGCUGGGCGAUGUAUCAUCGGUAUUGGCCAGGGCAUUGCAUUGACGGCUGGUCCAAUCUAUAUUGGUGAAUUGGCACCUCCAGAAAUCAGAGGCAAGAUUAUGACCUUUUGGCAGAUGUUCUACUCUGUUGGAGCAUUCGUCUGUUUCUGGGUUAACUAUGCCUGCACCAAGAAUGUUGCCAAACUAGGUGAAUGGGACUGGAGACUGGUUGUUAUAUUUCAACUCUUGGUUCCUGUUAUAAUCAUCGCUGCUCUUCCCACAAUCCCUGGCAGUCCUCGUUGGUUCAUCCAGCAUGGAAAUAAUAUCGAGAAGGCACGUAGUGCUCUUCAGAAAGUGCGAGAAACCGAAGAGGAAGUGGAACAAGAACUCACGGCAAUUCGUGAAGCCAUCGAAUAUGAGAGGGAAGCCAUCUCUAGUAACUAUAGCGCGCUUUGGAAAGACAAGUCUCUUCGUAAGCGUAUGGGUCUUGCACUGGUUCUUAACGCCGGCCAGCAAAUCACUGGACAGGGCUCACUCAACAGUUACUCGACAAAGAUCUACCAAAAGGUAUUCACCAGCUCUAGCCAAAUUGCGCUAAUCAAUGCUCUCAAUGCCACUUUUGGAAUCAUUUUCACUCUUAAUGCCAUCUGGAUCAUCGAUCGGUUUGGCAGAAAGUUCCUCUUAAUUGUAGGGGCCAUUGGUAUGGGCAUAUGUAUGAUCAUUGUCGCAGCCGUCGAAACAGAGACACCAACGCUCGCCAGCGGAGCCAAAUCUGAGGCUGUGGGCAUAUCGAUUGUGUUCCUCCUGUUUUUGUUCAUUCUCUUCUACAAACCUUCGUGGGGUGCUACUGUCUGGAUCUGGACCUCCGAGGUGUUCUCCAUGAAUGUUCGUGCACAAGCCGUGGGAAUGGCUUCACAGACACAGAACGUUGCCAACACUAUCUUCCAACAAUUCUUCCCCAUAUUUCUUGAACAUGAUGGAUUCUAUGCAUUUUACCUUUUCGCGGGAAUCAAUUUUCUUCUAGCUGUCUUCGUUUGGCUUUGGAUCCCAGAGACUAAGAAGGUCCCUCUUGAAGAGAUUGACACCCUAUUUGGUGGUGCAAAUCAUGUUGUCCAGGGUGAAGAGGUCCUUGCAACCCAGAAAGCUAUACAAGAAAUUGAGAAGCCAGGUACAGUCACCAUUGAACGAGUCGAUGUGAGGAACUGUCAUUGUACAACAUUCAUUCUCCCCACUUCAACAUUCAAGAAAUCGACCCUUAAGAAAUCAACCAUGUCUACCACCGAAACUGUUACUGGGCAUAGCCAACCAGAUAUUCAAUAUCACCCGGACUAUGAAAAGUACCAAGCACGUACUCGUCGUCGCAAGGAGACGGAAACACUGCAAACCACUUUACCAGCUGGGUUUCCGCAAAAGUUGGUUUCCCCACUCGUUUGGGAGGGGAAAGAAGUCGAGAAACGGAGCGACUGGGUCUACAAGUUGAGCGAUGUUCAAUUAGAUGAAAUCGACGCUGCCUUAAAUAGCUUCAAAGCACUCAAUAAGCCGCUUGGAUCUAUUAACCAGCUGACCUUUCCGCUUCCUUCCUUGCAUCCCAUCCUCAGGCAAUUAUCAAAAGAGAUCCACAGUGGCCAAGGCUUUUUUGUGCUUCGAGGGCUACGUAUCGACAGUUACUCUCUUGAAGAUAAUGUCAUCAUCUACUCCGGCGUCUCCUCUCAUAUUGGAAAUAUACGAGGACGACAACAGAAUACACGAUUGCAAAAUGGAACAUCGCCCGUACUGUCUCAUAUCAAAGAUAUCACCAGUAGUGUUGAAAACGAGAAGAUCGGGGCGCCUUCCAAUACGGCUGAUAAACAGGUUUUCCAUACCGAUGCCGGAGAUAUUGUAUCACUCCUUUGCUUGAGCCCUGCAGCAGAACACGGCGAGAGUUAUCUUUCUAGUAGUUGGAGCGUGUACAACAUCCUUGCACGAGAAAGGCCCGACCUUAUUCACACUCUCUCGCAGGACUGGCCUGUUGAUGGGUUCAACACCCCUCAGAAGCCGUUUACCCUCCGGCCUCUCUUGUAUCAUCAACCAGCUACAGCAACCACUCCUGAGCGGGUGUUGAUUCAGUAUGCCCGAAGGUACUUUACAGGAUUUCUCGCUCAGCCUCGGUCACCUGAUAUUCCCCCUAUCACCGAAGCCCAAGCUGAAGCUCUGGAUGCGUUGCAUUUCUUGGCAGAACAACACAGUGCUUCUUUGGACUUCCAAAAAGGUGAUGUGCAAUAUGUCAACAAUCUAAGUAUCUUUCACGCUCGAAAUGGGUUCAGAAAUGAGCCUGGUAAAGAACGACAUCUUCUCAGGCUCUGGUUGCGUGAUCCUGAAAAUGCUUGGGAUACUCCUGCGCCACUUCAGCACCGUUGGGAUACAGUUUAUAAGGAUAUCACGGUGGAUGAACAGGCAUUUCCGUUGGAGCCAAGCCUUCGAAAGAAUGUUGGGUCUUGA